UUUAUUUCUAAUGGCUACCCUAUUCACUCCCGCUAUCGUCUUUAAAGUACGAAGGUGCCAACCCGAGCUAGUUGUUCCAGUGAAGCCUACACCCCAUGAAUUUAAGCAACUUUCUGACAUUGAUGACCAAGAAAGCCUUAGAUUUCAUAUUCCAAUAAUACAAUUCUAUCAACAUAAUCCAAGCAUGGAAGGGAAAGAUCCAGCAAAAGUGAUAAAGGAGGCAAUUGCAGAGAUGUUGGUGUUUUACUAUCCUUUUGCAGGCAGGUUGAGGGAAGGACCUGGUCGAAAGUUGUUUGUGGAAUGUACAGGUGAAGGGAUUUUGUUCAUUGAAGCUGAUGCAGAUGUGUCUCUAGAAGAGUUUGGUGAUGCUCCUCAUCCGCCAUUUCCAUGUUUGGAGGAGCUUCUCUAUGACGUUCCAAGCUCGAGUGGGAUUCUUAAUUGUCCAUUAUUACUCAUCCAGGUGACACGACUCAAAUGCGGUGGUUUCAUCUUUGCACUUCGUCUUAAUCAUACGAUGAGUGAUGCCUUUGGACUCGUCCAAUUCAUGACGGCUGUAGCUGAGAUGGGUCGUGCUGAACGAGCUCCUUCUGUCCUUCCAGUGUGGCAAAGAGCCCUCUUAAACGCAAGGGACCCUCCAACUGUGACUUGCAUCCACCAUGAGUACGAUGAAGUUGCCAUCGUGAGAGGCACCAUCAUCUCAUUCAACGACAUGGUUCACCGCUCCUUCUUCUUCAACCCAUCCAAAAUAUCUGUCAUUCGUAAAACUUUGCCUGCUCACCUCCGCCAUUGCUCCUUCUUCGAAGUCCUCACAGCCUACCUUUGGCGCCUUCGUACCAUAUCCCUUCCACCUGAUCCAAAGGAGGAAAUGCGACUUCUUUGCACCGUGAACUCUCGCUCCAAGUUCAACCCUCCUCUGCCAUCGGGGUAUUAUGGCAAUGCAUUUACCUUCCCAGUGGCACUCACCACCGCUGCCAAGCUUUGCCACAACCCACUCGGCUAUGCUGUGGGACUCGUACGAAAGGCAAAGGCAGAGGUGACAGAGGAGUACAUAAAGUCUGUGGCAGAUCUUAUGGUGACCAAAGGGCGGCCUCAUUUCAGUGUGGUCGGGUCAUACCUUGUGUCGGACGUGACAAGAGCCGGGUUCGAGGAGGUGCACUUCGGGUGGGGGAAGGCUGUUUACGGCGGACCAGCGAAGGGAGGGGUCGGACCGAUCCCCAAUCUGGCAAGCUUUUAUGUACCAUUCAAGAACAGUAAAGGGGAGAAGGGGAUUUUGGUGCCUCUGUGCUUGCCCACUCCAGCCAUGGAAAGAUUUGUUGCAGAACUUGAUGCCUCGUUGAAAAAGAUGGAACAAACUAUUGAAGUUGAAAGCCAUAAGCCACCAUUAUUCAUUGCCUCUGCACUUUAAAUACCAAGAAACCAUGCAAAUCCAUCCAAUAUGACUCUGCAAAUGAAAAUAUAUAUG